AUGCCCCUUUGCCUCCCUCAGUGUGGGGAAUGCAGCUUCUGCCAGAAUCCUGAAUCCAACUUCUGCCAGAAGUCCCAUUUCUAUGAACCACAAAACCUGCUGCCGGACAAGACCAGCCGCUUCUCUUGCAAAGGGAAGCAGAUCCACCACUUCCUGUGGAUCAGCACCUUUGCAGAAUACACCGUGGUCCCAGAAUACGCUGUUGCCAAGAUAGAUGCUGCAGCACCUCUGGACAAAGUCUGCUUGUUUGGCUGUGGGUUUUCCACAGGCUAUGGGGCUGCCAUCAACACAGCCAAGGUAAAACCAGGCUCCUCCUGUGCUGUCUUCGGCCUCGGAGGAGUUGGCCUCUCUGUUGUCAUGGGCUGCAAGGCAGCUGGAGCUUCCCGCAUCAUUGCCGUGGACAUCAACAAGGACAAGUUUGCCAAGGCCAAAGAGCUGGGAGCCACCGACUGCAUCAACCCUCGAGACUUCAAGAAGCCCAUCCAGGAGGUGCUCACUGAGAUGACCGGGCAGGGCGUCGACUACUCCUUUGAGGCCAUUGGGCUCGCGGACACCAUGAUUGCUGCCUUGGCUUCCUGCAAUAUGAGCACUGGUGUCUGUGUGAUGGUUGGAGAACUGGAUUCUGGAUCAGAGAUUUCCAUUGAUCCCAUGCUUCUGCUGAUUGGGCGUACAUGGAAGGGGACUGUGCUUGGAGGCUGGAAGAUGAGAGAAUGUAUCCCCAAAUUAGUUUCCAGCUAUUUGGAGAAGAAAUUCAAUUCAGACUCGCUGAUCACGCACACGCUGCCAUUCGCUAAAGUGAACGAGGGAUUUGAGUUGUUACGUGCAGGAAAAAGUAUCCGCACUGUCCUGCUCUUCUGAAGGACACGGCCAAGGAAGCCGAGCAGAGGGAGCAGCGCAGCAGCACGUGCUCUCCUGGCCCGGGCCCUUCUCAGCCAGCAGCUCUCCUUGGGAGGCACCAGGAGAAGAGAAUGAGCAAC